UCAAGUUGCUACUCUGUGCUUGGAGAUUUAAACAUUGCUUUGGGAGAAAUGGCUGGACACCGGUCAGUCGGUGGUGAGCGGUAAGAAUUCUCGGUUUUUUUCCCCGGUUUGCGAGGAGAGACAUUUUUAUAGAAUGUCCGAAACUUGGGUUCAGUCAGGUUCGGGGCUCCACCGGGCCAUCUUGGACCAGAGGAUCCGUCAAGUUAGGCUUCUUGUCGGGCUGGGAAUGGACGUGAAUAAGAGAGACUCUGAUGGUAAGACUCCCAUGAUGAUCGCAUGUUCCAUGGGGUCUGAGGAACUCGGAUUGAGAGUCAUCCGUCUGUUACUGAAGAAAGGAGCGGACGUGAAUCGCUUGGACUUUGUCGGGAGAUCGGUCUUGUCCCACUCGUGUAUCAACGGGAAAGAGGACAUCGUGGCCUGUCUACUUGACCAGGACAACUUGGAGAGGAACGUCCCGGACCUGAACGGCGAUACCCCGUUGAACCUCUCUGCUGUGACCGGACAGAGGGGCUGUCUGGAACUCCUCGUGAGAAGCCUGGUCAAAGAUGGAGUCCCGGUUGACCACCGCAACAAACAGGGUUGCACUGCCCUGCUGUUGGCGACCAAAGCCGGCAACUACGGGUGCGCUCGGGUGUUGCUCCUGCAGGGACGGUCCUCGGUGAAUUCUAGAGACAACGAAUGUUUCAUGAACUCGACCGAGUGGGCAAAGCAGAGUCAAAACCGUCUAGCCCAGGAGCUCAAACGAACUGCGCAUUCUCACAGACUCUCCGGAAUGGGACUGGACGGGGCUUCGCUCUUCGGAAACCACCCUAGACUAGUGAAGAGCUUCCUUCCCCCGCUCGGAGUCGCUAAAUGGCACGAGGAAGGUAGACUCCUCUCUCAUCAAAGGGAGCAGCAAGAAGAGAUGAAUCUUCUCGUACAAAGUCUGGAAGAGAAGGAACAUGAACUCAGAGAGCAACGAGAAUCGACUGCAGGAUCUGGCGUUAACAACAAAUCGCCCCCUGUUGGCAAGCCAUCGUCCAUCGCUCAGAGUUUCGUCUUCAGGCCGGGUAAGCCCGGACAAGAUCACUAUCUUACUGCGCUGUUCAGGAUGUACCAGGAACAACUUUGCCGCGGUAUGCCGAGACCUACCACCGUGCCGACGGGGACGGGGGAAGCUGGGGGACCGCUUGCUGAUCAGCCUUCAAGGGGUCUCCGACGGCAGUCCGUACCUCCUUCAAUGGCCGCUCGGCGCUCUCUUGCGAGACGGAACACCGGGCUAUCAAUGAUGGGAGCUUUUACGAAACCCAAAGUGACGCUGACUGUUAGCUGA